AUGGCUAGACAGUGUAUGGGGCCCUCUUUCGAUGACGCCUUCGCGGUGCCUAAGGAGCUAUCGAAGACACAGAUCAAGGCGGUCGUCGUCGCAUUUGUGGAAGUUACGAAGAGAGCGUUGAAAGCUGGCAUUGACGUCAUUGAAAUUCACAACAUACACGGCUAUCUGCUGUUCUCUUUCUUGAGUCCCAUCAGCAACACGCGCACAGACGAAUACGGUGGAAGCUUUGAGAACCGCAUUCGUUUAAUUCUCGAGGUCAUGAAUGCCAUCUAUGAUUCCAUGCCUCAAGAUAUGCCACUCUUUUUUGAGGCAUUAUUUUCGAGGUUUCUGCAACUGAAUAGCUCAAACAAGCGCUUCCAACAAACCAUCAUGGCGUGUCGAAGAUACCGAACUUACUGGUAUUCUGAGCAAGAUGGAGUUGACUUUCUCGAUGUCUCCAGCGGUGCUAGUCACCCAAAAGCCAUCAUCAAAGCCAGCCCAGCUUACCAGGCACCGUUCACACAGCAGUCAAACAAGCUGUUGGGGACAACCUUGUUGUUGGGGCUGUCGGCUCAAUCACCGAUGGCAAGGCCGCCCAACAGAUCCUUGACAAAGGUCAAGCCGAUGUCGUUCUGGUUGGACGACUAUUCCAAAAGAACCCGGGGACUGUUGGGGUGAAAGUAUAUAUUCCCCACGAGAUAAGCUAACUAAUGAUCGAUCGAUCUCCGAUGCUAUGGGCAGAUUUGCGUUAGACUUUGGUGUCGCUAUCAAACCAGGGAAUUAGAUCAGGCUACGGAUGUGUAGAUAGGCUUCAGAAGAAAUUUGACUGAUUGACUCGGAGUUCUGAUAAAUAUAGAUGGCGGACAAGAAUGUCGCAUAUAUCCGCUCGCAUACGAAGACCUUUAGUCAUAGAUAUAU